GCUGUAGCGGCACCUCUCUGUGUCAACAUCAAGAGAUGAUCAACAACCAGCGGCAUUUAGCUGCUAAACAACCUCACUGACGUGUGUUUUUCUUGCCUGUGUGAGUGAGCACAUUAAGGAGCGGCGUGUGGAGCCAGCUGCUGCAGCAUCAGACAUCCUGAUGGAGACAUAAAGUCCACUGAUGGAAACCCAGAGGAAGAGCUCUGGGGAUGACGGUGGCGGAGAGCGAGGCCUGCUCCACACCUGGAAGGGCUACUCCUGCAGUGUCACUCCAGAAAGGCUGCUCCUCCCUGUGCCUGUGCUCCAGGUUGCCCUGGGCACCCGGCACGGUGUUCUGCUGGUAGAAGGUGGACAGGUGUACAGUUUUGGGGAGCUGCCAUGGAAGCAGAGUCAAGUGCCCGAGCCGGCGAAACCCACCCUGGAGAGCGCGCUCAGCGGCCAGCGAGUGGUCGCUGUCGCAGCUGGAAGCUUCCACAGCGGGGCAGUGACAGAGGACGGUGGCGUCCACAUGUGGGGGGACAACAGCUCAGGACAGUGCGGCUUGUCCGGCCUCACCACCGUCCCCAACCCGACUCCAGUCGCUCUGGUGGACUCCGACACCAGCCCGCCACAGACGGUCCCAGUGCUGGAGCUUUCCUGUGGCGAGCAGCACACCCUGGCGCUGUCGGUCCAGCGGGAGGUGUGGGCGUGGGGCAGCGGUUGCCAGCUGGGCCUCAAUGUCACCGUUUUCCCUGUCUGGAAACCACAAAAGGUUGAGCACUUGGCAGGCAGGUAUGUAUUACAGGUGGCAUGUGGGGCUUCACACAGCCUGGCUCUGGUGCGCUGCCUGGGGCCUCAGGACAUCCACCGGCCCCCCGUGGACAAAUGCAGACAGUGUAACCAGCUGCUGUACACUAUGACGGACAAAGAGGACCACGUCAUCAUCUCUGACGGGCACUACUGCCCCCUCGGUGUGGAACUGACUGAGGAUGACGGCAGGCUGGACACACCUGCUCUGACACAGGUCCUCAAAACAUCCCCGUCUGAGCCGGUCCUCCCCUCCCAGAUCUCCACCUCAUACUCCUUAGCACCUGCUCAAGGUGGUGACCCCUCUUCUGACCCCACUCAGGACGUGGAGAAAGAGGAGUCAGUCUUGGCUAAUGGAGCACUGCCAGCGUCAGAUUCCGACCCUUCAGCUAAGUCCGGAGAUGGCGGUGUUGUAGGGGUCAAGAGCUCACCGUAUCCAGAUGAGCAGGCUGUCAAAGACUACCUGAAGAAGCUGUCAGACAACACGACGGCUGAGCAGACGGCGAAGGUGACGGCUGGAGGGCCGCACACUCUGCUACCGUCAGCAGGAGGGCCCAGCUCCACACUCAACAGCCUCGUGGCCUCCUGCGCCUCCGCAGUGGGCGAGCGGGUCGCCUCCACCUACGAGGCCCUGUCCCUCAAAAAGAUGAUGAACUUCUACCUUCCCUCAGGAGUGCCGAGGCCAGGUGGGCCGGUGGGGUUCACAGGCGUUGUGGGCGACAACACCGCAGAGCGCGUCCGCCAGGAGGACUCCACUCAGGCCAAGAAGAGCUCCAGCACAGGGGACAUCCGCGAGGAGGAGGCCGAGGGUCUCCGGCGCCGCCUCUCGCUCCCGGGACUCCUCUCUCAGGGUAGAUACGCUGUUCACCUCUUAUCCUCCUCCUAUGCCCUGCUGCUGUCCCCGCGGCUGCUGAGAAAAGCCGGACGUCCCAGGAUGCGUGCAGUCGCCCUCACCCCGCUGGGAGGGGCGGUCCCCGAGGCCCAGGAGGUGUUCCCCACCCUGCAGACGGAAGUGUGGAGCUGGGGCAACGGCGAGCACGGGCAACUUGGACAUGGAGACAGUCUGGCCAGAUUACAGCCGCUGUGCAUCAAGAGUCUGAACAAUAAGGAAGUGGUGCGGGUGGCAGCCGGCGCUCAUCAUUCCCUCGCCCUCACCGCUCAGUCUCAGGUGUUCUCAUGGGGAAGUAACAGCUCUGGUCAGCUUGGACACAUGGAGUCACCCAGCACUGUCCCCCGCCUUGCAAAGCUGUCAGAGGGGAUCCGGGUCUGGGACGUGAGCGCUGGGGAGAGACACACCCUCCUGCUCGCAGACGGAGACUGCUUCCGUCCUAUUAUUUAUUACAGUGGACAGCAGGUCAAAGAGGGAGCGGAGGAGAGCAACACCAAGGAGCUGGGUCAACAGGAAGGAGAGGAAGAGGAGGGGCGGGUGGGGGGCUACACCCAGCAGCCUGUGCUACUCCCCUUCUGCAUGGACCUCGGUUACGUGAGCAACGUGUUUGCGGGAGGCCAGCGGUGCGCGGCGCUGUGGGACAGGAACGUGAUGGGCUUCAUCGCCAGCCUCCAUGAGCUGGCCUCAGCAGAAAGGAAGUUCUACUGCAAGCUGUCCAACAUCAAGACACAGAUAAUACGCCCCCUGCUGGAGCUGGAGUCUCUGAGCUCAGCCCUCGGCCAGGUGAACCUCGGGCUGCUGCAGAGUCUGGCAGGCCGAUUUAGCUUCUUGUGUCACCUAACCGGGCAGCACGCCGCCAGCCUCACCGCCAACCUGCGCCGCGUCCGUGACGUCAAGAGCCUGCUUGUCCUCGACCACGCCAGCAUCUUCCUCGACUUGUACAAGGAGUACUGCAGCACUGUGGGCAACUUCCAUGUGAUGGGAGGUUUCCAGUCCCUGACCAAACCCUCACUAGAUUUCUUCGGGAAGAGUCCAGAACUGCUUAAGAAGCUUGCAGAGUGCAGCGAGGAGAACCCCACCAUGGCCGACCUCCUGGUGGCGCUCUUCUACCUCCCAACUCGCCACCUUCACGAGUACGGCCGGCUGCUGCUCAAACUGGCCACCUGCUUCGAAGUGUGCUCCAGUGACUACCAGAGGCUGCAGGACAGCUGCUCCCGGUUUGAAGCUUUGGCCCUCCAGCUGAAGAGAAGAAGGAAGGACGCCGAGUACACGUUUCACUUCUGGAAGAGCUUCCCCGGCAAAAUGACGGACUCUCUGCGGAAGCCUCACCGCCGGCUGAUCUGCGAGAGCAGCAACAAAGCUCUGACCCUGCAGAACGCCGGGAGGUUCUCCGUCAACUGGUUCAUCGUUUUCAACGACGCCCUGGUCCACGCACAGGGCGUGGCGCCUUAUAAGAAUCUUUUCUCCACCCAUCACGUCUUCCCCUUGGCCACACUUUGGGUGGAGCCGAUCCCAGAGGAGCACACUGGCAUAUACGGGUUAAAGGUGAUUACACCAGAGGAGACGUUCACCCUGUUGGCCUCCUCUCCCAUGGAGAAGGCCAAGUGGCUUCGCUCCAUCAAUCAGGCGGUGGACCAGGCCCUUAACGGGGCGGGGCAGGACACCGCAUCCAUCGGCUCGGGGUCGGGGCAAAAGUUGGAGCCUCCCAUCUCCAGGACGGCCUCGUACACUUUUUAUAAGGAUGGACGGCUGAAGGAGGCAACAUACGAAGGACGCUGGCUCGCUGGGAAGCCCAACGGCAGGGGAGUGUUAAAAUGGCCUGAUGGGAGGAUAUACACAGGGACGUUUAAGAACGGACUGGAAGAUGGCUUUGGUGAAUUCGUGGCUCCCAAUAAGACGCUCAACAAGAACGAUCACUAUCAAGGGCAGUGGAAAGAUGGCAAGAUGCACGGCCUCGGGACAUAUAGGUAUGCCAGUGGUGAGGUUUACGAUGGGUCCUUCCAGGACAACAUGCGACACGGCCAUGGCAUGCUGCGCAGUGGCAAGCUCAACACCUCCUCCCCCAGUGUCUUCAUCGGCCAGUGGCUGCAGGACAAGAAGACCGGCUAUGGAGUCUUUGAUGAUAUCACAAAAGGGGAGAAGUACAUGGGCAUGUGGCAGGACCACCUGCGGCAGGGCACCGGGGUCGUCGUCACUCAGUUCGGCCUGUACUACGAAGGUGCCUUUAAAGAUAAUAAGAUGAUGGGCACUGGGAUCCUCGUGUCAGAGGACGACACCACGUAUGAGGGGGAAUUCUCUGACGACUGGACCCUCAAUGGAAAGGGUGUGCUCACUAUGGCAAAUGGUGACUACCUGGAGGGCUCCUUCAAUGGCGAGUGGGGCUCUGGCCUCAAAGUGGCGGGCUCCUACUUCAAACCGCACCUGUUCGACACCGACAAGGACAAAACCCGUGCUGUGAAGCUGGGGCGUCUGUGUGUGAGCCCCAAGGACAAGUGGCAGGCGGUGUUUGAGGAGUGCUGGAGUCAGCUUGGCUGCGAGGCGCCGGGCCGAGGGGAGAGCUGGAAGGCGUGGGAGAACAUCGCCGUGGCCCUCACCACCAGCCGACGACACAUUGAGGACAGCCCGGAGAUGUUGUCCCGAAGUCACAGCAGAACCCUGGAGAGUCUGGAGGUCAUCCCGCAGCACGCAGGACCAAUCACCAUGGAGAGGUAUCACACCAUCCGCCUGUACCUCAUCAAGGCGUGUGACACUCCGCUCCACCCACUGGGCCGGCUGGUGGAAACCCUGGUGGCGGUCUACAGGAUGACCUACGUGGGCGUUGGAGCGAAUCGCCGGCUGCUGCCUCAGGCUGUCAACGAGAUCAAGUCGUACCUGAACCGCAUCUUCCAGAUCGUCAGGUUUCUGUUCCAAGACCUGCCAGAAGAGGGCGGCCUAAUUCCAGAGCCCACCACCAACCUCCAGGACAAGAGGGAACCAGGCUCAACUGAUGCCCAGCUAGAGUCACCGAAACCUGGCCGUGUGGUGAGCAGCUCAGCUCUGCUGUUGCCCGUCCUGCUGCCUCGUCUCUACCCACCGCUCUUCACCCUCUACGCUCUGGACAAGGAGAGAGAGGACGACGUCUACUGGGAGUGUGUCCUCCGCCUCAACAAACAGCCCGACCUGGCCCUGCUCGCCUUCCUGGGUGUUCAGCAAAAGUUUUGGCCUGUCUCCAUUCCCGUCUCCCUGCCCGCGCUGGGGGAGAAGCAGCAGGUCCUGUCCAGCACCAAGGACGCCUGCUUCGCCUCUGCAGUGGAAACACUACAACAGAUCAGCACAACAUUCACCCCGUCAGACAAGCUGCAGGUGAUCCAGCUCACCUUUGAGGAGAUCACACAGGAGGUUCAGUCGCUGCUGAAGCAGGACUUCCUGUGGUCCAUGGACGACCUCUUUCCCGUCUUCCUCUACGUGGUGCUGCGUGCACGAAUCAGGAACUUGGGCUCAGAGGUCAGCCUGAUCGAAGACCUGAUGGACCCCUGCGUGCAGCACGGAGAGCAUGGAAUCAUGUUCACCACACUCAAGGCUUGUUACUACCAGAUCCAGCAUGAGAAGAUCACUUAAGACGAGCGUGGCGUUACUUCCUUUCAUCUUCACAGCCAAUCUCUGGUCCAGGAUCAGCAGGGCUUCAGGAUGACAGACAUGAGCAGCGACCAAUGAGAAGCAUCGGAUCAUACGAACAGGUUGCCAACAGCUCCAUGUGCUGCUGUCAUGGAGACAAGACCACUUCGCCCUCUGUGACACACACAAACACACUCUUUCCCCCUUUUUAGUGACCUCAACAGCUUCGUACCCGCUGAUCAUGAAGGUACACGUGUGAAUACUGACUGCCAGAGAUGAGCCACCUCAUACCGUCCAGUGUAGAACAGCUGACAGACUGACUUCCUGUGGGGAGAUCCUGAUGCAGGUUGUUACAUGUGCGGGAAAACAAGGUUCAUACUUUUUCUUUUAGUGCCAAUGGGAGAAGUUUGUUCUCACUGUGAGAUACUGGACCUCCUUUUCUCUGUUUGGAGGAGUUUGUCAGCAUGAAAAAUGACGAGACGAUGCAUAACAGAAAACAUUUCCAGUGUUUAUUCUUGUUCGACUGACACCUACAUGAAAGAAAUAAUCUCCUGAAGGCAUGUCGCGCUAUUAAUCUGACAAACUUGACUUUUUAUUUGAUGACUUUGACACAUUGGUGUCAAAGUCAUCUUUAUCUGAAGUGUUUCCAAACAGUAUUUCCUGAUUUGACUUCAAGGAUGAACACUAACUGGUCGGUUGAGCAGAUGCACAUCUGGUUAAGUUUCCCACCUCGGAAACAGCAGCUCACAGCUACUUCACUGAGCUGGAAACUAGUUUACAGCUUGGUUUAAUACUGAAUUAUAAAUGCAAACUGACGUGGCUAUAACUAUUUUCUUUCUUCAUAGUUUUGUUCUUUGAAAUUUCAGGUCAUACAUGAAUCAGUAGUUCAGUGUCUUAAGUUUCAGUACCCUUUUCCGGACAAUAAAAUAUACGUAGGUAAAUACCUCUAUACAUGAUACAAAAAUAAAAAUGAAGUAAAAUAUGCUUAACUAAAAAAAAAUCACGUAAUAAUGAUAAUAAACAUAAAAAAUAGUCAAUAAUAAAAAAUAAAUAAAUAAAAAUAAUUAAAAAAUAGAUGGUAAUAAUAAAACAAGAUAAACUAUGUUAAAAUUAAUUAAUAAAAAGCAAUUUUUUAAAAUUAAUAUUAAAGGGUAAGAGAGAAAAUUCACCUUGGCUACAGCUCUAAAUGAUACUACUCCUAUUCUGUUACACCAGCGGACAGUGGAAUACGGUUAACCCCAGUUAGCGGCUAAUUUAGCUGGCUCUGACAUCAUCUUUGUUAUCUAUGACACAGGCAUUUUAAGUAAUGUCCAUAUUUGAGUACUUGCAUAAUAAAAAAAAUCUAACAUAAGAAUAGGAAUGUAAAUUGGCCGACAAUGAAAACAAGUGCAAUUUAAAUGUAUUUAUUGAGUCACCAGGCUUCAGCUAGCCUACGUUAGCAUGGACUGUCUCCGGAGUUCGCAGCCACUCUCCUCCUGGUGGGUUCUGUCUGGUUAGCAUGAGCUAACACAGCAGCAGCGGCUGAUAUUCGACGCCGAGGCUUUUAAUGGUCUAUCCAAACUCACACCGACACCAAAAUGGAUCGACUCUGUCCACUUAACUGACUGUCCACGGCUCGGAGCUCACACUCCCGUAGCAGUAGGCUCAUGAUAGACGGACAGAGAGCGACAGCGGGGUAAGGACAAGGCAAUACACUGCACACAGUUAAACAGAAAGUCAUGUUCACAUAUGGGAAGUUAGGUGGUGAUUACGCCAUAUAUUGAACGAAACUGUGACGUCCAAAUUGAGUAAGCUGAUCCCCUAAAAGAUACAGUUGAAAAAAAUGUAUCUGGUGACUUGAAAGCACGACUGAUUUCCAAAGUGCACAUUUGCAGGAAAAGCAGAAGUGAGUGAAAAGAAAUGUUUUUGAUUAACAAUCUGAGAUCCAUGUGUGUGUUUCUGAGCCCGUUUUCCAGUAAAAUGAAUACUGACGCAGAACUGUAAAAUCUGAAAAUGUACGGGGUGAAAAUUUGUGUCUUUAAAGGCCCGGACACACCAAACUGGUGGCCAAGAAUGAGUGGUGACAAAGGCAGACUGUUGUGUCAACACGUUGCCUGCGUCAACCAAAAAGUUGCACUUGAACACACCGCAAAGACGACAGCCAACAGCCAACUAGCACGUAUGUUCUGCGCCUGCAUGAGAGAAAAAACUCUCCAUAGCAGCAGGCGGCGGUAGUCUGUAUUCGUCAUUCAUAAUGAGAAACCGGGAGACCGACAGGUUGCAUUCAAGACGCUAGUUAGCCAGUUAGCACAUUAAAAACACAACCCAAUGUAGAAAGUAAUAUUUAUCGCGUGGUAGCGAAAUAUAACACGAACAAUUAUGAACUAUUUCCGCAAAAGAGCUCAAUGGGCUCAGUGAGCUCUGUGUUGAUCUCACGCCAUCUUUAGCUUUUGUUUACCUUCCUCACUUUGUUUCUCUGCCGAUCAGAGUGAUUUCUCUCACUGAUGGGCGAUUCAGCACGUUGAACAGGCCAAAAAACAGCCAACAAGGACUGAGUUGUGUAAACAGGGUAGGGAGAUCACCUUUAUUCCACUUGACUUCCAAUAAUUUUGGAGACACUCAACAAGCUGAAAAUAACCUUAAGAGUUUGUAUUCAUUGUAUUGUUAUGAAUCACGCAGUGUUCAUUGCAGGCAGGGAGAGACGUCAGCACAUGUCUCAUGAGUCUAACCAUCUCACUACACCUGUAUAUGUGUAAAAUAAUGAGAAAUGUAGAUUCAAUUUUGGAUUUUUUUCCCAGCUGCAGGUGGCGUUUGAGCAGAGAGCCGGCUUAAUGCAAACAGUUUUUAUAGAUGUGAUGUUCAAAGCCGAUUGUGUGCGCCAUCUGUUAAUGCUAACUGUUCUUUUUUGUAAACCAUUUACAGCACUAACUGUCAGACAUUGUUGCUUAUUUGUGAUCUGCGUCACACAUGCCAGUUUAUAAAAGGGCUUAAGAGGGGAUUCAGAGGAUGACCGAGCCUUUUUUUUUUUUCUUCUUCAGAUGGUUUAACAAUAGAAAAGCCAAGUGGAUCAGAGGCCUCUUUUUGGAGGGGCUAAAUUUGGGUGAAGCUGCAGGAUUUAGGAAGACUAGCAACAGAAAAAGGGUGUGAAACUGCUAGAAUUUAAACCUCAAACUACAACUGAUUUUUAUUUGGAAAUGUUGGGGUAAGGUGACACAUAAUUCAAACAGUUGUCAUUUCAACAACACAUCUCAGUUCAUGGUCUUCUCUUGUACUUUUUGUGACUGUAAAAAUGAUUGCGAUAACGCUCUUCCAUCCCUGGUUGUGAGCUCUUGUUUCUGCUGAGACCGUAUGUGCCUGACACUUAAAGAAGUGAUGCAAUAUCGUCUGCGUAACUACGGAGUUCAUUCCCAAAACGCCAUUAUUUUUUCCAACGAGAGACUUUUAGUUUUGUGCUGCUCUUUAAAAAUAAUCAUUGACUGACAUAACAUGGCGUCCUGUUCCGUAUGUUGUGAAUAUGUGAUUUGUCUGACUUGCAAACCAAACUACAGCAACAGCACGGGACAUUUAUUGUAACGGUUGUACCCUUAACUGACCCCCUUUCAUGAAGUGUAAAUCUAAACUGAAUGGUCCUAAAUAUAAACUGAAGAUAGUGUUCAUAAGCUUAUAUUAGUUUCAUGUCCUCAACACCUGUUUACCAUGGCAACGCCCCACACAGGUCAUACUGUUGCAUUGUGUGUAAAAAUGACUGUUUUAUCAAUGGACUUUGGUGUUAACGAGUUGACAUUUUGUGUCUCAGCUGGCUGACAUGACUCCCACCUGUGUGUCUUUUAAAUGAUGUCAAAUGUAUUGUACCUUUACAUAAUAAUAACAGAGGGCAAUAAACUCAUUUGAUGGACAUUGCUAACUAAUCUGAUCUGACAGUUUCAUACGAUGGGAAAAAUUAAAUGUUAUGCUAAAUCUGUGCAAAAA